AUGACCUGCACCAUCGAAAAGAUCCUGACAGAUGCCAAGACGUUGCUGGAAAGGCUGCAGGAGCAUGAUGCGGCCGCCGAAUCGCUGGUGGAUCAGUCGACAGCACUGCGCCGGCGGGUGGAAGCUAUGAGGGAGGCGGGGGCAGCGCUUCCGGACCAGGUCGGUCAGAGAGAGGGGAUCUUUUAUCAAGAGGAUGCAUCCGAUGUGAAGGACAUGUCCAAAUACAAGCCUCACAUUCUACUGUCACAAGAAAACACACAGAUAAGAGACUUACAGCAGGAAAACAGAGAGCUUUGGAUUUCCUUGGAGGAACACCAGGAUGCUUUGGAACUCAUCAUGAGCAAGUAUCGGAAACAGAUGUUACAGUUGAUGGUUGCUAAAAAAGCAGUGGAUGCUGAACCAGUCCUGAAAGCUCACCAGUCUCAUUCUGCAGAAAUUGAAAGUCGGAUUGACAGAAUCUGUGAAAUGGGGGAAGUGAUGAAGAAAGCAGUUCAAGUGGAUGAUGACCAAUUUUGUAAGGUUCAAGAAAAACUAGCCCAAUUAGAGCUUGAAAAUAAGGAGCUUCGAGAAUUAUUAUCCAUCAGCAGAGAGCCCCUUCAAGUCAGGAAAGAAGACUCAAUGGACAUGGCUUCUCAAGCCAUCAAAUAA